AUGGACAUUGUAAACAAUGGACCCACUGCAGGAAGCCCUUUGACACCAGAUUCACGAUGUUCAAUUUGUUUGGAUGAUUUUACCAAUAAAUGUUAUACAAAUGCAUGUAUGCAUUUGUUCUGUUUUGAAUGUUUACAACGAUGGUCAGAUUCUGAACCAACUUGUCCAUUAUGUAAGAAAACGUUUAAUUAUAUUUAUCAUUCAUUUGGUGAUCUGGGCGUCCAUGAGACAUACACUAUUCCUAUAAUAGACAGACAACCAUGUCCAAUUCCAAGAAGUCCUAGAAGUCCAAGUCCACAUAUUAGUGAAAUAACAAAUGGUAACAGACCUAGUUUUGAAUCUGAAUAUGGUAAUUUACCUGGAAUAUCAUUUCAAUCUCAAGUAGGAAGAGGUUCAUUAGAUGGACCAAUCGACAGGAGACGAAGAACAUCUAGUUUUGAAUCUGAAUAUGUUGAUUUACCUCGAAUUUCAUAUCAAUCUCAAAUAGAAAGAGGUUUAUCAGAUCCACCAAUCGACAGGAGACAAAGAACAUCUGGAUUUGAAUCUGAAUAUUGUGGCUUACCUCGAAUAUCAUUUCAACCUCAAAUAAAAAGAGGAAGUCCUAAUUGA